CCUCGGCGGGGCGGCUCCCGGCGCCGCGACCAAUGAUCUCCUCCUCUGUUUAAAUAGACUUGCGGUGUCAAUCAUCUUCUUCUUCGUCAGCCUCCCUUCCACCGCCAUAUUGGGCAACUAAAAAAAGGGGGCUCGUCUUUUCGGGGUGUUUUUCUCCCCCGCCCCUGUCCCCACUCUCUCGCCGCUCCGCGACUCCGACGCCGGCAAGGUUUGGAGAUCCGCUCGGUCGGCGGGACCCGCGGGCUCGCAGCUGCCCGGACUCGGACUGGCUCUGCCCCCUCCUCUCUCCGCUGCGCUCUUCUCCCCUCCCCUCCCCGCCUCCCGCUCGCCCGUCCACUUGAUCGGCGGGGACUCGGGGCUGCCUGGCCGGGGCUGCCCCUCGCCCCCUCCCCCAGCCCCGCGCGCUCCUGACGCUCGGGCACUUACUCGUCCGUGUUUGUUUCUCUUGGCUCGGAGGGCAGUCGCAGGGCUUAUAAGAGGGGCUCGGGCUGGGUCGGGGCGUUUUGUUUUGUUCGUUUUGUUUUGCGAGAGCGCAAGAGAGGCGGUCGCCGAGCCCGGGGAGAAAGAUGUCAAACGUGCGAGUGUCUAACGGGAGCCCGAGCCUGGAGCGGAUGGACGCCAGACAGGCGGAGUACCCCAAGCCCUCGGCCUGCAGAAACCUCUUCGGCCCGGUCAGUCACGAAGAGUUAACCCGGGACUUGGAGAAGCACUGCAGAGACAUGGAAGAGGCCAGCCAGCGCAAGUGGAAUUUUGAUUUUCAGAAUCACAAGCCCCUGGAGGGCAAGUACGAGUGGCAAGAGGUGGAAAAGGGCAACUUGCCCGAGUUCUACUACAGACCCCCGCGGCCACCCAAAGGCGCCUGCAAGGUGCCGGCGCAGGAGGGCCAGGAUGUCAGUGGGACCCGCCAGGCGGUGCCUUUAAUUGGGUCUCAGGCAAACUCAGAGGACACGCAUUUGGUAGACCAGAAGACUGAUGCACCGGACAGCCAGACGGGGUUAGCGGAGCAGUGCACUGGGAUAAGGAAGCGACCUGCCACAGACGAUUCCUCUCCUCAAAACAAAAGAGCAAACAGAACAGAAGAAAAUGUUUCAGACGGUUCCCCGAACGCGGGUUCAGUGGAGCAGACGCCCAAGAAGCCCGGCCUCAGAAGGCGUCAAACGUAAAGUACUCGAAUUGAGAGUAUGUUUCCUUGUUUAUCGGAUACAUCACUGCUUGAUGAAGCAAGGAAGAUAUAAAUUAAAAAUUUUGAAUACAUAUCGCUGACUCCACGGAGUGGACAUCCCUUAUAAGCACUGAACAGCAACAACCCAAUAACACUAAAGUUUUAGGCACUCUUAAAUCAUCUGCCUCUAAAAGCAUUGGAUGUAGCAUUGUGCAAUUAGGUUUUUCCUUAUUUGCUUCAUUGUACUACCUGUGUAUAUAGUUUUUACCUUUUAUGUAGCACAUAAACUUUGGGGAAGGG